AUGACCCGUUUGUUAUUUUCUAAAGAACACACGGGCACUGCGAAUUCUCGCGUCGCACUCGCGGAGCCACUUUGACGACGCAGGAACGAGCCGACAAGAGGUCACUUCCAAUCCGGUCAUUUCCAUUUGCUUAGUUGUGUAUCCCAGCAGAGGUGACCGAAUGAGAGAGGCAACAGCCGUGGACCACCUUUCUGUCCAUCAAAAAACAUACCCCCAGCAGCAGGUAGCAUCUCUGUCCCCUGCAAACUUUCCUGUCAAGGAAGAGUAUGGAGAAGACACCAUGUUGUCUCGCAGGUUCAAAGAAGGACAGGAUGUAUUGGCCCGAUGGUCAGAUGGCUUGUUCUACUUGGGGACAAUUGCCAAGAUAGAUAGUUACAAGCAGCGAUGCUUUGUGGUUUUUGAAGACCACUCCAAGUCCUGGGUUCUUUGGAAGGAUAUUCAGACUGGGGAUGAGGAUGAUGAGGACGAUGAGGAAGAUGACAUAGUCUGUUCCAUAUGCCAGGAUGAGAGUUCAGAGGAACCCAAUGAAAUUGUGAUUUGUGACAAGUGUGGACAAGGGUACCAUCAGCUGUGCCACUCCCCCGUAAUCGAUGCCACUGUCAUUGACUCAGAUGACAAGUGGCUCUGCGGGGAGUGUGAGCUUGCUGCUACAAAUAAGAGGGGUGGUGCACAAAGAAAGGGACUGAAUGCAAAGAGUGUUAAACAGGAGCAGCAGCAUGUGGAUUGGCAGCGGUCCUUCCCAUACGCCGUGGGGGACCUGGUAUGGGACCAGGGCCACAAAACCAACAUCCAACAGUGCUAUUGCUACUGUGGAGGUCCAGGAGAGUGGUACCUGAAGAUGUUGCAGUGUAACAGGUGUCAGCAGUGGUUCCAUGAGGCAUGUCUCCGAUGCUUACAGAUGCCCAUGCUCUAUGGAGACAGGUUCUAUCUGUUUAUAUGUUCUGUUUGCAACGGUGGACCAGAGUACCUCAGCCGACUGCCUCUCAGAUGGGAGGACGUUGCACACUUGAGCCUGUACAAUCUGAGCGUAAUCCACAAGAAGAAAUACUUUGACUCUGAGAUAGAGUUGAUGACCUAUAUCAACGACAACUGGGAGCAGAUGCAGCUCGGGGAGCUUGCCAACACUCCGAGAGCAGAACGAUAUGAAAGUAUCCUGGAAGCUCUGAAUGGCAACAAUAGCAUGUUCAUGUCGGGGAAAGAAAUAAAGAAGAAGAAGCACCUGUUUGGCUUGAGGAUCCGUUUCCCACCUGCCCCCUCGUGCUCUGACGAGCCGGCGAACCGAGUGCUGGAGAGGGCCUCACAUGAGAUCACCAUCAAGGGGCGAAAGUCCACCAAAGCCCUGUCUAACACCAGAACAUUGAAUGCAGUAACCAAUGGCACAGUGAAAAAGAGGAAGAGGAAGCAAGGAACACAGUCUCUAGAGACUCUGGCUAAGCUUCGACGCUCCAGUGAAAUCCUCACCCAGGAAUUAAGGAAGCCUCUAUCACUGGAGACCCACUCAUUGGAUCUCUUAACCUCUAACAACAGCAAGUGUGACAGGUCUUUACCGUCUUCUCGAACCUCAGAUGUGGAAUCCAUUGGAGCCCUAAGUACAACAGAAACUACCUCAACUAGCAUUUCAAGACAGUCCAGCCUCUGUAGUUCAAGCAAGACACAGACAGCAUCCCACGUCAUGUCUGUCCCCCAACCAUCCAUGAAGAGGAAACGUGGACGGCCGCGACGGGCCUUGCAACCUCCUAACCCAGAGAUUCCAGCUCCCAGCCACCCAGACUCCAAUCACCCCCACUCUUCAGCCCCAGAGAUGGCCAGCUCUCCCACAGGGCUCCACUCCACAGACAUAGUGCAUGGCCUGGACCCUGACAGCCAGCUCUCCCACCUCAAGAGCUCCAUUAACAGCUAUUUUGGGGCAGCGGGGCGGUUGGCCUGUGGAGAGAAGUACAGAGUUCUAGCCCGGCGGGUCACCCUGGACGGCAAGGUCCAGUACCUGGUGGAGUGGGAGGGCGUCACUGCCUCUUAGACUUAUUACUGUCAUUGUAACCUUUUAACCAGCGCUUGCAAUAGGUUUAUGACUGUGCUGAAGAUGUUUACACAGCCCUUCUUAAAAGCAUUAACUGUUUGCCUUUUGUUCGGUUUUGAAAGGAGCGAGUUUUGCCAGUAAUGCAUACUGUAAAGCCUACUGAUAUAAAGCAACCGGAGGACAUGAUUCCUGCAGAUUAUAAUCACAUCAUGGUGAUGACUUUUCACAUCAGGCAAAGAGUGUAUAUAUCUUAAAAUCGCCUUUUAGGAAGAUUAUUUUCUUUUGAAUAUCUUUAAUUUCAUAUUCUACUGUUGGUGUGGAAUUCUCCAUAUUUUCUUUGCCAAAUAAUUCUAUCAUUGCGCUUAUACCUCUAGGCUUUCACUGAAACAUUACUGUGCUUGAUUUUUUUUUUCAUCCAUUUAUAGGCGCUUUUGUUGAUUUCUGGGUUGUUUCUAUCCAGUUUUGUAUGAAACUGAAAAGACAGACUGGUUUUUGACAGAAUGUAAACAUUCAGGCAGUGAAUGAUUGAAUCUAGGAGAAUUAGAGAAGCGAGGAAAUUGAGGAUGCAGCACUGGGGGCACAGCAUGGGCACCAUGCAUUUUGAGAAAUGUGGUCCUGUGCUGUGCAAAUUUGCAUCAGAUUUGUUAACAUUUUAACAAUAUUGGGUAAAUAAAAAAAAUGUGCCUCAAUUUGUGUGUAUUCCCCAUCUCUGUUUCUAUGUUUGAGUACCUCUUGUUGCAUCGAGCAGACGUGUCUUUCAGGUUGGUUUGGAAAGUGCUCGUUUGUGAGUAGUUCAGGUUCAGGUGGAAAGCAUAAGAGAGCAAUGUUUUGCUGCUGCAAACCUGUUUUGUUAUUUUAUGUAUGAUUAAGCUACACUUAAUAUUAACUUUUCUACCUAUUUUCUGAUAUGCCUUUUCCAUCCAAAAGGGUGUAUUGCUCUGAUAUUCUUAUGUAUAGGGACUUAAUUGCACAUAUCAAGUUUCAUCCAUUGGCUUGUCAUCUCAUUCGGUCAGCUCUAUCUUGUCAGGUUAUUCAAAGCUGUGAUUCUUAUUUGAGGCGAAAUUUAUUUUGUCCUCUUCAGUGCCCAAAAAGCAACUCUCCCAGCAGCUUAAGCUUUAGUGUAGUAUUCUGAGAAAUAGCAUCUCUAAAUAAACAGUGUUACUUCAACAGAUAUGUUCAGAUGUCCAAACUCGAGUUUUUGUUUGCUGUCUUUUUCCAAGGCAUGGCAUCUGAGAAGGAUACUGGUAGUCGCUUAACUUGUGUUUUAUCUGGCAUAGUAAGAAUAUAUAUAUUUUGCUCAAGUUUUUAAAUUGUGUUUUCUUAUACAUUUAGCUUUCUUGUCUGCAUAGUACAAAUUUAAUCUCAUUUAAAGCAAAUUGAUUGGAAAGGAUUAAGGAAUUGACUUUUACUUUUAACUCGUCGACUUUUACAAGUGUAAGGACCUGUUGAGUUUUCUUCCCUCUAGUUAUUCAAGUAAAUUUAAGUGAGGUUUGAAAAGAAAAUAGAAUUACAUAUGUAACUGAUUUCAGAAUUGACAUGCUCUGUAUUGUUUUGUGCACUGCCUAUGCAAUUCACCCAUAUGAAAAUCUUUUUUUUGUAUCUCUCUUACAUACAACUUUUUUCUUAAGUGUGGCAUUAUUGAUUAGCAACUUUUUUUUCUUUUGUGUGUGAACAUCUGACUCAGGCUUCGGUUUCUUGUCCUUGAGUUGCAGUUUUAUUUUGCCACCUUCAAAAGUGUGCACAUGGUUUUCUUUUACCACCAAGCUCACACUCAGGAUACAUGUGCAGAAACUAAACUGUGUUAUGUAAAAUGCCAGCAUAUGGAGUGUGAAAAGAGGAGUUGUUAAUGAAACAUUUUUUAACUGAUUAUGGUGUCAGUAUUUCUGUCGGAUUUUCAAUUCCAUAAGUUGUAACGUUUCUAUAAAUCGUUUGUAAACUAGUUUUUUUUAAUGAGCGAAAUCAGCUGUAAUCCGUAAUUACAUAUUCACGUGUCAAUGUUGAGUUUGAGAAUGAUCAACCACAAUCACUGGAACCCCCCGCCGUAUGCUGUAGUUUACUGCAAGAGGUAUUCUUUCGAUCACUAUCUCCAUUUUGGAGAUAUUUUUUUUGCUACUUUUAAAGAAGAAAAAAUUGCAGAGCCUACCCUUUCAGCAUAGGGGAUAGGUAUUUUUGACAUUGAUACCUCUGUGUUUUAAGGUUGUUAGACAGUGCAUUUGAGGCAUCUUCCUCUUUGUCCUGCCAGUGUUAGACCUUAGAGCUUGUUUGCUAAGUGGCUUUGAGCAGGCUUCUAUGGCCAAAGAAUAAUGCCUCCAUUAUUUCUAUUCGUCUCCUCAGCUUACGUUUUUAUACGUUACUAUAUAGGUUGGCGUGUCGUUUCCAGACCUGUAUUGUUAAGGAUGAAUAAAAAGAUAU